AUGGCUUUUGGCAGUGCCUCUAGGCGGAGAAGCCAACGAGCAUGUGAAAGCUGCUACAGGAAGAAGACCAAGUGCGAAGUCGAAGGGUCUGGCAUGGUCUGUGUCCAGUGUGCUCGUCGCGGUAUCAAAUGCACCUUCUCCGGGCCUGAGAAUGGCGAUGACACUAAAAGUGAUGAAUACGUGAGGUCUUUGAAGGAUCGCUUGGAAAGAGUAGAGUCCCUGCUCAAAACGGCAGGCAUUCUACAUGAGGACGAAAUGACUACUGAUGACCUUUCGGACGAUGAGGUGGAAGGCCUGGAUGAGAGAUGGGAUGCUCGCCACCAGCGACCAGAAUCAUCCGACAUGUCAUCAAAUCGUUCGUCCACGACCCAGGAAUCCUGGGGCCAUGAUAUUGAAAAUUAUGCCGGUGGUGGCGAUAUCGAAGCGGCUUCGAUUUUCAGGCAGCAUGAGCAAGAUGACUCGCGUUAUUUCGGACGAUCAUGCUCAUUGUCGAUUCUCUCCCGGGGUGGAAUCGAAUGGAUCAAGAGUAAGACUGGCGAUGUCAGCUUCUUGAGUAUUUUAUCUCCCGAUUCCAUCCACGACAGUCCCUGGAGUCAAUGGCGACCCGAUGUCUUUCACGACCUUUUUGCUUCCCAAGUCUUCAAGCCUCUUCCUCCCCGGUCAGAGGUAUUUUCUCUCAUGAAAGACUUUUUCCAAACAGCGAACCGGCUGUUCCCGAUCUACCACGAAGCAUCCUUUAUGCGGAUGGUCGAGUGGCAGUACACACAGCAAACCUGCGAUGACGCUGCCCGAUGGGCCAGCAUCAAUAUGAUUAUCUGUCUGGCUUACGAAUACCGAAUUUCAAACAGUGCAAAGACGGAAAAGGACCGAGAAAAGUCCCGUUUCUACUUCAAGAAUGCCAUGUCGGUUUUCACGGACCUGGCUUUGCGACGCACCGAUCUUCUGAGCGUCCAGGCCUUGCUGAGCAUGGCAUUUUUCCUUCGUGGAAACUCGGGCACGCAGUUUUCAUUGCCUCUUAUCACAGCCGCCAUGCGGUCAUGCCAGCGGAUGGGACUCCACCGUAACAUCCCAAGACCGGACCUGAGCCCCGCACAGCAAGAACAGAGGCGACGUGUGUUCUGGGUUGCCUUUUUUAUUGACCAGAGUACCUGCUUACGAGCUGGAAACGCCCCAUCCCAGCAUCCAGAUGACUUCGACGUCCCUCUUCCCGAAGAAAUAGAAGAUGACAGAAAGCCCGGAUCCCCAAGCAAUAUCCCAUUCUUCCGACAACUCUGUCGCAUGUCCGUGAUCAAAAGUCGCAUCUUCUGCCGUCUCUACUCGGCUAAGGCAAUGCUCAAACCGCCGCACGAGAUCUACCAAACAGUCAAAGAGCUGCACGCAGAGCUUGAGAACUGGGAAAAGGAUUACCCCCUCGACGACGAACCUAAAUUCAAAGUUGAUGAAACCGAGUUCUUAUUCGGAUUUGCAUCUAUUGGACUCCAUUUUGUCUAUUAUAAUGCCCAGAUCAUGAUCCACCGCAUACCGCUCCUGCUCCACUUUCUAAUAUCCUCCCGAGAUGAAACUCCAGAGCUCAAAUCGAUAAGCAUAACUCAAGCUUCAAAAUCCGGAGCCAUCUGCGUACAGGCUGCGCGGGACACGCUGAAGAUGGUUAAUAAUAUGCCGUGGGGAGACAUUGCAUGGAUAUGGUCCCUCCUAUACUAUGUAUUUCUGGCGGCAGCAACGAUCUUUUCAAACAUCAUUCGCGAUACUCGCAACCCGAAAGUUCGUGAAGAUCUCGCAACUCUCAACAUGGCUGCGACCUUCUUCGCAACACUCGUCCCGGGUGAUGGGCCAACCAACUACGCAGGAUUCAUGACUCACAUGAGCGCCAACCUAGAGCGCAUCGCCAGAUCGGUUGUCGACAAAGACGAAAAACGGAUCCGAGAGUCAGGUGGAGCAGACCGGGAGCACCAGCCAUCCGGCGCGAAACGGCAAAGUUCUCGAACCACCUCGGGAUCACAUUCAAAACCUCAUCAUCGACCUACGACUCUGCGGGUAUCGAUGACCCCCGACAUCUUAGGCUCUAGUGGACAUAGCAUGGCCACAGCACGUCCGAUACCUCACCCUUCAACCACCCGCUCCCAAAUGCCCGACCUCAGCAUCCCUGAAGCCCUAGAGGGAUUGCCACCCGUCAACUCCUCCGGCUACGUCGUACCCCUAAGCCCAAGCGCCAAUGCCUACACACCAAUGCCUCAACAACCCACGACCACAAACAACUACGUCACAGGUCUAGGUUUAGACCUCAACGGCGCAAGCGCCAGCGACAUGGGUCUCCCGUCCUGGCAACUCGCGCAAGAUCACUCCGCCACCACCUCGUCCCCACUAGACAACGUCCGAUCUCCCUAUUCCCAAGACAGCAGCACCAGUACAGUAACAGGCAACAUGAUUCCUGAAUCAUGGCAAGUGCCACUGACCGCAGACUGGGAAUUCGGCGACAAUCUCUGGUCAGGUCUCUUCCCCAGCGAAAGCAUUGCCGCAUCUGCACGGGCACCGGACAUGUACUUCCCCAUUCUGUCCGCUGAGUCUUUCCUCAGUAUGCCGCCUGGCACGGAGCCCGAUGCUGAGAUAGAGCGUAAUUUUGCUACUGCUGGUGCGGGGAAUCCGUAUAAUUUCACGGCCGGGCAAGAUCCGAAUCAAGAUCCGUCACAGGCGGAGUCCAGUUGGCCGAAUGGGUUUUUGGGGCUUUUCUAG